AGCCUGGCCGUCUGCACAACACACAUGCGGAGUCAUGAUUCCAUCCAGCCAGGAACGCUAAGCCCUAAAUGUUUACUUAUGUUUCCUAUUUGGCAGUGGCAGCCCAAAAGACAAAUAAAUCACAUGCUGUGAGCUGGCCAGGCCUCCGACUGUGAGAAACAGAGUUGAAAAAGCAGAAGAAGAGUUAAAGAGUAAAGGGUUUUCAGAUGUGAGUCCAGCCCAGCUUGGGUGUGCUCCCUUUUAUUUGAGAAGAAUGGAAAGGACAGUCUGUGUUGCCUCCACCCCUUCAAAAAAACACAAAAGAAAAUCCACAAGACAUGAGGAGGCGAACGGGGGGCUGCCAAGGCGCAGGGUCGUCAGGCACAUCUCCGAAGAACAUCUGGUAACCGCGGGUAACACUGUUUGGACAUCUGGUAACCGAGAGUUACGCCGCGUCUCUUACAUCCUGUCGGCUUUCCUGUUAUGCCUCGUGGUACGCAGACGCUCGGACUUGUCAUACAGGGUCAGAAGUUGGGCGAGCGGCACCGUUAUUCCUUUUCUCUGACAUGAAGGGAGCACUUGGUUUCAUUGGCGUAUUGUUCUCCCUCCUCUCCGAUACAACUUAUGGAGACGUCAACAAUAAAUUCAGUUGUGGGAAUGCAACUCAGAGGUGUGAGGAGUUUUGCAGCAUCUGUAAUGAAUAUUUUGGUGAAGCUACAAUGGAAUGCCUUUCCAUCCUGUUUGAGCAUGCAUGCCGCAGACAUUUUGAUGUGACAAUGGCAUCGCUCAACACCACUGACUGGUGCAUUUGGGGUAAUGUGAGGGGUGCAUAUAGUAACUUCAGCGAUUGCACAGAGGAGAUAUCGGACUGCCUGUUGAUCCCGUGGCCCAACCCUCUGGUGGAACAAACCUUUGUGGAAAUUCACUCCAUGUUUUUUAAGGACUGUCCCACGGAGGAGUUAAGUGACCCUCCUCCACUCAUCGUAUUUGCCCUGGUGAUAACUCCAAUUUGCUUGAUCCCAAUCAUGGUCAACCUUGUUGUGCUCAAGACCAAGAAUGGUGAUGGCAGUUCUUGACAGUACUGGGAGUUUUUUUUCCAUGAACAUGAUGUAAAUUCUUGCUACAUGAGGACAGCAGCUCGUUUACCGGCAGACGCAUCACUGCAGUAACUUUGCAGAUGACUGAGUCUUAGUAACUGUUCAUCAGGGGAAUUUGGAAACAGAAUAAAUUAUACAGACAUCAAUAUAUUGCUAUAUUCUGGUAUGAAUGUGAAAUUCAUUGGUAUUGCAAGUGUUGCAGAAGUUCCAUGACUAACUCACCUGUCAACUGUGGAGAAAAAGAAUUGCACCAUUACCAUAAUGUACACUUUUU